CACGAAAAAGCACCCCCUAGCGUGCAAAAUCCGAAACCUUCCUUUUGUCUCCUUCAAUCCAAUAUGGCGGUAAACGAUGUAUGAAAGGUGCAGAAUGUUAUGAUUUGAAACGAAUAAAAAAAAUAGUAAAAUAGCAACGAAACCCGUGAAAUAAGCGCUUCUACCGGUGUGUUAACGACAAAACACUGUUAAUAAUACAAACGGAUCAAUAUUCAGUGACGUGUGUGUGAAAAAACGUGUUAUUUAUAUUUGUGAAAUAUUAUUUUCUGUGUGGGUUUUCGCUAAUGCAUCACGGUGUAUUGCUAUGUGACAGAAAACGUAGAUAUGUCUGCCGAUGCUGAUAAGGAAACGGCAUGUCCGAGUGUUAGUGCAAACCAGAGUGGCGGGGAGGAUUCGACGGAGGAAGCGACCAAAAAGAAGAAAUCCUCUCGAAAAGUCUCUUUUCCUGAUGAAGAACACCUUGUCACUCAGUAUUUCGAGCCUGCGAACCCUUGGCACAAUGUGCCGGCGACGACGCGGGCGCAGCUGGCGGCGCAGUACCUCGAGUCGUGCCGGCGCCACAACACGCCCGCCAUCGACUCUGUGCUGCAGCAGAUACGGGAACUGCCAGAAGGCGUGAUAGGCGGAGGCAUGCGCGCGCCGCGCCUCACGCUCUCCUACUGUUCCCUUCUCGGCUCCGCUCCGUGCGACGCUCUAGAAGCAGUGCUACAUCGCGCGCAGUUCCGCCGUCUAGAGCUAGAGUGUGACAUAGACGACGAAGGCGCGGAGGCGCUGUUUGACAUGAUCGAGUACUAUGAGAGCGCCACGACGGUGGCCAUUGCCGGGCCAAGGCACUUCGGCAUCCGGGGGUGGCAGGCGGCUUCUAGAAUGAUCAAGAAGAGCGCAGAGCUAUCGGAGUUGGAAGUGUCAGACGGAGCAAUAGAGGCGACGCACGCGCCGGUACUGGCGCGCGCGCUGCGGCCGGCCGCGUGCAGGCUGCGCGCGCUCUGCCUGCAGCGGGCAGCCCUGGCCGGCGAGCCGCUCCUGUGCCUCGUUAUAGCAUUAAAAUGCAACCGGUCAGUGCGAGAGCUCAGGCUGUGCGACAACCGGCUGACGGGCGCCGACGCCGCGCAGAUAGCCGCGCUGCUCAAGAUCAACUCCCGGAUACAGCUCCUCGACCUGUCCAACAACCAGAUACAGGAUGCUGGCGUGGGCCACAUAGCGGACGCGCUAGUUGAGCAGUCGACACAGUCGCCUCCCUCAGCCAAUAGCUCACCUAUGUCGCCACACACAUGCCCGCUGGUGGGCGGCGGGCACGAGGCGCGCGGGCUGGCGUUCCUGGUGCUGUGGAACAACCAGCUCACACGCAACGCGGCGCACCACCUCGCCAGGAUGGUGCGAGCGUCGAAGUCCCUGUGCGUGCUGAACGUGGGCCGCAACGCCAUCGGCAGCGCGGGCGUGCGCGUGGUGGGCGCCGGCGCGCUGCUGUCGCUCGGGCUGCAGGGCGCGCGCAUACUGGCCGACGCGGCGCCGCUGCUGCAGCAGGCGCUGCUGCAGGACACGCAUCUGCAGAGGAUAGACCUGCGCGACAACAGGCUGGGCGCGGAGGGGCUGCAGGCGAUCCUCGCCGCCAUGGAGACCAACACCACCCUGACCCAGGUCGACCUGGACGACCCCGUGACGUCAUCUCCGAGCGAGGAUCCAGUGGCGCGACUAACGCGCGAGGUGCGCGCCCUCUGCCGGCGGAACGAGCCCGCCGCCGCCAGCCCCGAGCGACGUGUGACCAGGAAGAUCAGCCUCACCUGUCACACGCACUGUCUACACCGGGUAACUGUCAUACUAGCCUGUCCACAAGGAGCGACUAACGCAACGAGCCAGCCCCGAGCGACGUGUGACCAGGAAGAUCAGCCUCACCUGUCACACGCACUGUCUACACCGGGUAACUGUCAUACUGUACACUUAGAGCCUGUCCACACGGAGCGACUAACGCAACGAGCCAGCCCCGAGCGACGUGUCACCAGGAAGAUCAGCCUCACCUGCCACACGCACUGUCUACACCGGCCUGUCCACACGGAGCGACUAACGCAACGAGCCAGCCCCGAGCGACGUGUGACCAGGAAGAUCAGCCUCACCUGUCACACGCACUGUCUACACCGGGUAACUGUCAUACUGUACACAGAGCCUAUCCACACGGAGCGACUAACGCAACGAGCCAGCCCCGAGCGACGUGUCACCAGGAAGAUCAGCCUCACCUGCCACACGCACUGUCUACACCGGCGACUAACGCAACGAGCCAGCCCCGAGCGACGUGUGACCAGGAAGAUCAGCCUCACCUGUCACACGCACUGUCUACACCGGGUAACUGUCAUACUGUACACAGAGCCUAUCCACACGGAGCGACUAACGCAACGAGCCAGCCCCGAGCGACGUGUCACCAGGAAGAUCAGCCUCACCUGCCACACGCACUGUCUACACCGGAGCCUAGCGGCGGAAGAGCCGCGCCUUGGCCGCGAGGGGCGGGACACGCGGCUGCGCUCCCCCGCCCCCUCCCCCGCGGGGUCCCCCACCCCCGCGCAACACCCUUCACGCUUCUCCGUGACGCGGGUAACGCCCGAGCGCUCGCCGACCGACACGGUGGCGCUGCGCUCGCAGUACUCAACGCCAUCUAGGUUCAAGGUCGUACAGGUAUCGGAGCCGCCACAGAUCCAAGUACAGUCAGCCACGCCGGAGCAGCCAACCCUGCGGUCCUCCCGGUUCUCCGUCACGCGCAACAUGGACACCAUGUACAACCCCCCCUCGCCCCCGCCCACGCCCAUGGCCACCAAGCACAAGCCCAGCAGUGGCCACCCCACACCCUGCAAUGAUCAAACUAAAGUGACCGAUGACAAACUUAGUGACACUGUCAUCAUUGUCAAAGACACUAGUGUGAAAGAUGGUGGUGAAAAGACAAGUGAUAAAAAUAGUGAUGAAACUGUUGUUAAUAGUGUAAAUAGUGAUACGGUUAGUGAUGUAGAGUUGGAUGACGUUUUCCAAGAUAGGACGGAGACGCUGGCCCACGAGGAGGCCGUUAAUGUAGUAGGUGAUAAAAUUACUAAAACCGAGACGAAAUUAGUUAAAAAUAGCAAAGCUGUGAGUGCGGGUGAGAUGAUAGAUGGGCAGGUGUCCGUUACUGUGAAGGAGACGGUAGAUACGCCCAAAGCUAAGGAGGAAGGAGAUGUAGUGGUCGAGAAACGAGACGACGUCGCUAUGAAACAGAUAGUAGCGAUCACGGAGGAUCUCGGCAACCUUAUCGAGGAGAUGCGAGACAGAACCAAAACCGUUAAACCUGUUAAAGUGAGCGAUUGCACGCAAACUGAUAUAAAUAUAGAUAGCAAAUUAGAUACCUUCGAUGUACCUGUUAUUAAUCGAGAUAAUGUAGUUCUUAAGAAAAACAAAAGCGAAUCGAGCCUGGACAGCCCCGAUCUAGAAGUGUCCAGGCUCAUGAACAAAAGGCUGGGCAGCCCGUUCUGCGACAGCAGUUCCUCGCUGGAAAUAUCCGGAAGCUCCAUGGAGAGUCUGAACGCUAUAGAGCCGACCAAACCUAUAAUUAUUCAAGAAUCCGUUGAAUCGGAUUCUGAACUGGAUAGAAGAAAAACUGAUGUGGUGUUGUCUACCGAGAGCAGUAUAGAAUCCACUAGUGAAGUCACCCCGGUCAACAGCGGGAACUACCUGAACAUGUCUGUCAGCUCCAACGAGAGUGUGUCUCCGAUAAUAUUUGGAAAAAACAAGAAGAUACAUGGGUCUCUCUCUAGCUUGGAGGCGAGCGUGAGCUCCUUGGAGUCCAGACAGGAAAAAGUUAUGGUGACUUCAGCAGAUUCCGGUAUAGAGUAUUCCUUGCAAAAUCCAACAGAGAAUAAAGAAGACAACUCAUCCAACGAAGGCACUUUAACAAACAAUUCGAGUUUAAAGGAAACUGUGAAGAAAGACGGUUUCCAAGCACAUGCGACUCUUACCUGCUCUCCUAAAAGAACUUCUAGUUUGCUCGAUGUGCCCGCGCUGAAAACGAAAGGUUUGGACAGGAUGAGGAAAAUAUCGUGGGUCGCGCCUUCAGCCAGCUUCCAUAUCCCGAGGUCGGAACCGGAGAGGGAAUCCAAAAUGCCCGGCCAUUUAGAAAAAUUACUAAGCCUCUUCCAACACCCCGCCAGUAUAUUCUCUAGAAACUCUGAAGACGACAAGAAAUCCGCUUCAAAUACUCCUCCUAGAAAGGAUUCUUCUGUCACCAGUUCCUUCUGGUCCUGGGGCAGCGCCACAGAGAAGACAGAAGAGAGGGAAGAUGUGGAAAGUCUGUCGGAAGCCACAGAUUCGACUCUGUCGGAGAGAGUCCAAGUUUCUUUCGUCGAUGAGUCUUUCUCGAAGAAACUCGAUAGCAAAACGCCGUCGACGGACACAGACAACACGCUGAGCGAGUUCCAGUCACUGUCACAGUCACAGCAAGGCAACUCGGAGGCGAGCGAGCCGGAUAUAGAUAGAGUUACCGAAAAAACCACCGAUGACAAUUUAGUACAAAAAUGUUUAGGUUUAAGCUUAAGUGACGCUAGCGCCAACGGGAACAAAGACGUGGCGAGAGCGUGUGAUAUAGUAGAUCUCAGUAAACCCAACGACUUAAAUAAAAACUAUGAUACGAGUAAGCGAGACAGCAACAAGAACGGGGAGGAAAAAGAAGAUAAAGACCCGGUCAGACCUAGGUCCUUCGCUGCGGUCUUGAAAGCGUCCGGCUCUGAGAAUACUCCGGACAAGCAGAGUCCGGAAACCGGACAACCGGUUGACAAACUCCCCAGCAAGGUUAUCCGGAACAUCAAAGAAAAUAUAAGCCCUGAAAACACAUUGACUUCCACUAUGACUAAAGCUCUAGCUUUUGAAUUAACGGGGAAACAGGUUAACAACCAACCGAUUGUGAACACUGUUUGGGAAGUGACGUUAGACAAUGAACAUAAAAUAGAGGAGAGGGUAGAUUUAGCGCCUAUAGCUACUAUAGAGGAAACGUGCGACGAGACGAUAGAAAACGCGCAGUUGGAUUACAUUGACGAUAUCAAGUUUAUUGAUGAUAAAAACACUUCGAGCGACAGCGGCGUCACUUUGGAAGGUGAGAAAGGAAAAGAUUUGGAAAGCGUUGACUUGGGUAAAGAUGCAUUAUCUUACCUUAUUUAUGAAAAUCCUAAGGAUACGAAGUCUGAAGCUGAACCUAGCUUAGCACAAGAAUUAAGAGAUGCUGAAAUUAAACAGCAACUUCUAGAUCUAUCACCAGAACUGGUUGUAGAUGCAAUAGAGCCAGAAGUGUUCAAAGAUUUAAAGACAUCACCGGUCGUCCCGGAGAGAGCGAAGCUAAAGAAAGCUAACUCGGCUGAGGACAUCUCGCAGUGCGAGGAAAGUCAGAAGAAAACCAUCGUCUUCAAAGUGCCCGAAGUAACAACACCGAGGGAUAUACCAGAAAGGAGAUCGAAAUUACGAUCGCGAAGCGGUUCAAGUCCCAAAUCUUUGCCGGAGAGUUUGAACAAGCCUUCACCGUUAACCAAAAUGGACUCUAUAUUGUUUAAGAGGAAGAAAAAGGUGUCGUCUCUAGGGAAGAUAGCUCGAGACUCAUUGCUGGCUUUAAACAUGAGUGAAGAUGAGAUAGCAGAGUUCAGACGAUCAUACAAGCUUACUUCGGUUGAAAGUUUGAGGUCUUUGGAGUCCGUUUCUGAAGAUGCAAACUCUCAAAGCGGGGCCUCGGUUGACUCAAGAUGUAGGUCCUGUCUGCGGACCUCGCAGGAGAGCCUCAUGUCUCUGGACUCUAUAAAUGAGGACUGUCGGUGUGGUGAGGAUGAAAAACAGAGUCAAUCCGGAAGAUAAUCGGG